AUGAUGUGUUUUGUUGGUGGUGCGCAAGGCGUUUUCGGGAAUGGGCUGUUCCGUGCCGACAGCCGUGUCUCCAACUCGGCCGUUCAUUCUUCAUCCGGCUGUCCCUCUGUUUUCGCCGAGCUUUUCCGCUUGUCCGACGCAUCAUUAAUGUCCGGUCGCAACAUGUUUCGUCCUUCUUUCAUCUCAUUAACUUGCUGCUUUUGAGCAAUUCUAUUGCUUUCAACUAUUUAAGUUUGUCUCAGGAUUUUGAAUAUUUACUUGCACAAAAACCAAUUUAUGCAAUCUCAACGUUAUCAUUACCUCCUUCCAUUUAUAACUAUAAUAAAUCACAGCUUUUCGUAAAUUUAUGAACUUUUUUUAGGAGCGGUAGUGAUUGUACAAGAGUCUCUAAUUUUUUCGUUUUUUUUUAAUGCAAAAUUGUGUAUAUAUUUUGAAGCUUUUUAUCAUUAUGCACUGCUGAACUCGAUUGGAUAUAUAUUUAAAGCAACAAAAAUUAUUCUACUCGCUCCAUCUUCUUUCUAUAGAAACAUUUUCUCAAACCGAAAACUUCACGUCCACUCGUUACACAGCGAAAAACACCGAGGGACCGUGAAACUUGUGAAAAAUCCAGAAGUUUUUGUUUGCAAUUAAUGGGAAAACCACGAGUUUCGUACGCGUGUUGAAAGGUUCUGAGAUGAUUAAGGACGUGCUCGAGUGGAGGACUCGCCCCAGGGGACAGCCGCGAGUUUGCGGUCUCAGCUCCGCGCAGCUAA